AGCUGUUCUCCUUCUGAUACCGAUAUUACAGCUGUUAUCUACGGUUUUUCAAGUGUUAUCGUGUGAGUUUUUAAAACAUGUGGUUGCCUGUCGUGGUACCAUAUGUUUUUGAACCAUAUUCAAACAUAUACGACAACCGUUCUGGCAGAGCGGUGACUCCGAUGAAUCCCUUCGACCAGCGUAUGUAUCGCGCGGUGAACGAAACCGUUGUUUCGCUGAUUUUCUUGCACACUUCCCAAGGCUUUAGAAAUGACCCACCAUAUGCAGAGGAUGAAAGGAAACUAAAGCUCAAGAGCUCAUUAUUCAAUCUUGUCCGGGACAAUAAAUCUCUGGAAUUUACUGAUCCAAAAUUGCUCGGAUGGUACCUUUCUUUACCAGUAAAUGACAGGACACUAGUACAACAAGAGGGAGGAUUUCUCCAGUUUAUACGAAGACACCCUAAACUCGAAGUAGUCAGAAAGUGGGUUCAAGUGAAACAAAAUUACAGAGGAAACUACAGUCCCCAUCCAACAACCAUGUCAUUAAACCACAAGUCAUCUGGUGUAUCCCAGUGUCAAAACUGUGGGAACACUUUUCAGUUUGGUACUAAGUGUUAUCGUUGUGGCGUACAUGUUCAAAUUUCAGAGCAAGAAGACUUCAUCUCAGAAAACGAAAAUGACCUUGAGCUUCUACCGAGUAAUGUGAGGGAAGAGCUGAAUGUCGUAACUUCUAAAAAUGAAACCAGCCAGCAGAGGUAUGGCAGCUCUGGUAAAGGAUCAUGUGAUGCACAAGGCCAGGGCUUGUCUGAACUGUGGGAGGAAGUAGAACAAAGGGAGGCCAUCAAGCACUACCAUGACCUAACAGCCCAAGCAAACCACUCUCUUGAUAUGGAGUUGGGUAUGCAGAGUCAUGCUCAGAGAGUUAACCAUUUCCAGAAUGACCAAGACCGAUUGGAUGAGGAAUCGAAAGCUGGAGCAAAUUUCUGUGAUGUGGAUCAGGAAACCAUGCCAGAAUACUACAGUUUCAGUAGCACAAGCUUAAAUCACACUGAAUGGAGUGAUGGCAGCCAGCAUAUGGAGUCAGGCUUCAAUGAUUCCAUCAUGGCUACUAAAGGAAGUACAGAACUGUCAGAUGUACACUCAGAAACCACCAUGGCCAGUGCUGUGGAUUGUUUCUCCCGUCUCGGCCAAUCAUUUGAGCUGGCCAUUGAUCCAGGAGACCAUGUUGAGGACCUACGAAAUAAGGAACCACCAAGAACCUUUGUGAACCAAAUAGUUGAUGCCUGUGGGGAUUUCAGAACAUGUUUCACAUCUACACGUGCAACAGAGAUUUGUCAGAUCUUGCAGACGAAAGCCAGCCAAAGUGUUGUCACUGAUACAGACUCACUACCUGUCAGCAGUAAAAAAGAUACACACAUGCAAACGUCCACAUCUGACAAGAGCAUCGUAACUGAGGUCUACAUGGCUGACUUGGAAAUUCUUACAGAGGAAUUCAUAAAGCUAAAGGAGAUGGAGAAGGAACUGAAGCAGUUGAAAGAUAGAAAGUCAAGGCCUAGUCCUGGUGGUGAUCUUUGCGGGAAUGUUGGCGGGUGUGACUGUGCCCAGCGGGUGAGACGGGCAGAGCUGCGUCUUCUCGGUCUUCAGUACAUCAUGUGCCAACAGCACUGCCGGAGACGCUAUUUUACCUCCCCACUGGGUGAAAGUGCUCCUCAGGGGACUGAUCCUCUGCCUGACAUCAUAGCAGAAACUCUGAAGGCACUAGAGAAAGAUUACCAUGACAUGAUGAGACAGCUUCUAGCUGGCACUCCCCUAGAUGAUCUGAAGCCUCUGUCAGUAGACUCUCAAAAGAUGAUAACUACAGGGACAAACUACAGCCCAACAUCGGUGCUUGAGGCCCAUUUAGGCUCACUUGACUGCCUAGAAAGUACCGUUGCAAAUUGCCAUGCGUUGGAUGGAAAAGAUAAAGGGACGAGCGCACCUCUGUGUCAGAACAUUGUAGACAUUCAGGAUGAACCAAAUGUUGACAGCAGCAACAGAAGCAAAACUGCAGUACCUUCUAACAAGCAUCAUGGAAACUCCAGUGCCAUAAAGGAUCUUAAUGGAAGUGAAGCAUGGUUUGAUGCUGAGGAGGAACUUCAGGAUGGAAAUAUGGAGAAACAGAAGGAGGGGAGAGAAAAUAUGAUACACAAAAUGGAGCAAAAAGGGACUGAUCAGGAGAACUCGCAUCAUAGCUCCCUUUUGUGUGUUACCUGCUUGCCAAGAAAUGUUACUGAGCAGGAGAUGCUGAUUUGGUUUGAGAAGUAUAAUGCCACAGGUGUCCGCAUCUCCACUUUCAAAAACAGUAUCAUGACUGCCAUUGUUUACCUCAACAGCGCCAGUGAUGCCAAGGCAGCUGUUAAAGAUCUAAAUGGUUGCACCCUCCAAGGACACACACUUUGUGUACAACAACUGUGUGGGCCUACCUCAGCUCAUCCUAAAUUAAAUGAUCAGCCUCACGACACUGUAGAAACCAGUAAAACAGAAGUGAAUAGACUGAGAACCAAGGGUGCAUCAGCUAGAGGACCACGCUGUAGUGUUGACAGGUUGACCAAGGUAUGUGACUCACCCACAGCCUCCGGUACCUGUGUGCCACAGCGCAAUGCCGACACAGGAAGCUUUAAUACAAUCAUGUUCCAGCUAUUAGAGCGCCAUCCAGACAUGGACCGUCAGAGGAUUGUUGAUGCCAUGUUAAAACUGCAGCACAUGAAUCAAGGCACCCUUAGAGGUUUUACUUUGAGUGCUAUAGUGGAUAUGACUUCUAAGCUUAUUACACAGGAAUGUUCCUCCAAGUGUGUUUGAGUUUGUAAAACUUUGAGCAGCUGUUAAGGCCUUGUAGACAGUUACUUGACCAGUAUGACUGGUGUUCAGUUGUCAGUUCCUUUUUAGGCCUGUUUGUAAGUUUCUUUUAAUGUUAUACAGUUGCAGAGUUGCACAUUGUUGAAUGUAAAAUCAGAGUUAUAUAAAUGUCUUAUAUAAAAGGUUCAAGGGGUGAAUGAAAUGUUGAGGAUUUCCAUCUUUAUCCACAUAAUAGCCUCCAA